CUCUCUUUUUUAUUUUGUAUAAGCUUCCUUGCUCCUCCUGAUGUAAACAAUUGCAAAUUUGAAAAAAAGAGACAGCACUUCAACGUAUAACUAUAACUCCGCCUAGUGUUUUUAGUAGACUUGCGGCUUAGAUAACCUUAUUCUGUUUUCGUAGACAACGUAAUUUAGAGUAGAGAACAGAUACAGAUCUUCUGACAUGCCAUGAUCAUGACGAUGAAUCGCGGCGCAUGUUGGCGUGGCGGGUGGUGUGGUGGCGGACGGGGCUUGCGGUUUGCCAUUGAGCAGGCCCGAAUCGAUCAAGAACUGUACGAAACAGCUGCAUCGCAGUAUGAUGGACAACGAGGCAUGUUUUUUGAAGAUGAGGAGGACUAUUAUUAUAACCGCGGAGGAUCUUUCUACUCGAUGGCAUCUAAUUUCAACGGUUCAGCUAUACCAACCCCCAGAGGUGGACUAAUUCGUGGUGCUGGUCGAGCAGGGUUUGGAGCUCGAGCUCGUGGGCAUCCUGAAGAGUUAAGACCACCGCAUAUCCAUCUGCUCUAUGGGGAGCCAUUGAUUAUAGUAAGAAAUAGUAAUAGUUGUACACAAGACAGAGAGUAUUUGUGUUAAUCCUCUAGGCUCUGGCACUUCUCUCAACCUUACCGAGCUAUUAACUGGUUAAUAUCCCUCGUCUUAUACUUUAGACUUCUCCUCCACCGAUUUUACAUAGUAUACAAGAAACCGACAUUGUUCUUGAACUUGAAGGAUAUCCUAUAUAGUUAACAGAAAGUAGAAAUAUAGGAUGGAGGACUUCCUCUAGGUGUAGCUCUAAAAAAGGAGGAGGGUGAGCAGGCGGGUAUUUUCGUGGACCUGCUUCGACGGGCAGAGGCACUGAAAGGGGCCGACCGCUCUUCGGUGGAUCAUCAUUUUAAGGCUACAAGAAAUCCAUUUUCCCCAGCAUCUUGGUCCCUUUUUUAAAGGGAAAAGGGGGCCCAAGAUGUUGCCGGAGAUGGAUUUCCGCUCUUCGUUCUAAUCGUCGCACAUCUAUCAAGAAACAGCGUCGGAGCACGGUUUCCUUUCUUGUCGACGCCUUUGACGGUAAUGGAAAAAAUGCGCCAUCAUCGUCUGCUAAACCUAGUAACUCCACUAGCAGUAGCAGCACUGGGAGUCACCCAGCACACGGAAGGAAAUCGAUGGGCGUCAACAUCGGAGUGAGCAUUAUGUAUGAUUAUGUUGAUGACAUUAGAACUAGUACAAGUGUGCUGGAAUAAGAAAAUGAAGAAAAGUGUUCAACUUCUCCAACUACUGUACCAAGAUAUGAUGUAAAGUACCGCUCAGUAUUACCUUGUUAACCACGAGGCCUUUUCAACGAGGAAAAGGCUCGAAGAGUAAACGGCUAGCUGGGUCCUCUCCUGGAGGAUGCUUUUCCACAACUUUUCUCAUUGUUCUUCUAAGACGGGCAGGAGGCAACGGCAAAUGAAGACAAAGACGAGUCGUUUUUUCAGACAUGCACGUACUACUCCAUCCACGCCAAGAGAACGUCACCAGCAUCCAUCAAUCGGGCCGCAACGGAUUGGUUCUUCCUCGCCGAAGAGUAACACAACAUCCACGUUUCAAGCACCACCAGGAUGGAUACCCCAUGCGAUUCCAAAUGAGAGAAUUAUUAGUGAGGAGAACUACAGGAACAGUGACGAGAAUCACAGGUUCGGGUGUCCGGGUUCUCGCCAGAUUCAACACACUUUCUGUUCUAUUCUCCGCGAAGCAAGCACAGCUAGCAUACCUAAGUGAGGCGGGAUAGAUUUUUUUUGCUAGAUCUUGUUUUGCGACAUAUUUUCUACAACAUUUUCUUCUCAUGGAUAAAGGGCGGUCGUUUUGUAUUCUUGAUCUUCAACCAUAUUUCUUGAGUUUCGUAGUUCGCGCUCUUGUUUAUCAUCAUUUCAACAUAGAUACGAACGCACAUCGGCAUACACGCUGCAGCGUGUUGGUAGAAGCACAUUUUACACAUCAUCCAUGUUGACUUGUAGGCUCCAUUUAACGUUCUUCAUCUUGCAAAGUUUAGCACAACAACUUCCGGCUUCCCUCCAUACGACGACUGGUAGUCUCAAAAACUUACGUAAAUCAUUGAAUAAUUGGCAAUGACACAACUACUGAAAUCAAAUGUAAUAUAGUAUACCUGGCUGGCUUUCCGGAUUUGGCUACUAUUUUCAUGUGAAAAGAAAGAGGCAAAUGAAAUCUUCAUUAGUACUUCGUCAAAACACUGUGUUUCGUUCACCUCGAUUUGGAGGACCUGCGUUACGGAUUUUGGAUUUCAUUUCUCUAGCUCAUCGAAUUUUCUAUUUCAAGCUUACUUUCCAAAAUGAAAAUCACUAUGUGGGCUAACGAGAU